AUUCCAUGCAAUGCAAUAGUAAUUUAAUAUCAGUUCUGACUUCUGUUCUGUUACAUACAUUGAUUAUUGUAUUCAUGCAUUGUACACUGUACGGCGCGCGCGCAACGUAUUAUUGUGUUGUGUACUUUUAGUUUAGUUUUUUUUUUAUAUUUGCGAUGGCCAAGUUAAUCUUCCUAGCAGGUCUGGCUCUGGUCGGCGCAGCAGCAUGGUUCGUCCUUACUUCGCAAGUACCAGGCUCGCCCCCUCAACUGGACCCCAACGAGUGGUGGGGACCACAAGAUCUGAAGGGCAAAACGGAUGCAAGCAUAAGGUCAUUCGAAGUUAGAUUUUCUCAAGAGAUGAUCCGCGAUCUGAAAGAACGUCUGAAAAACCACCGCGAUAUCAUCGCCCCUCUGGAAGGCGUCGGCUUCGAGUACGGCUUCAACUCCAAGCAGCUGCAGCCCUGGGUGCAGUACUGGGCGGAACAGUACCAGUUCCAGGACAGGGAGAAGUUCUUCAACAAGUUCCCGCAGUUCAAGACGAACAUACAGGGGCUGGAUAUACACUUCAUAAGGGUGAAGCCUCAGGUACCCGCCGGUGUAACGAUUGUACCACUUCUCCUGUUACACGGCUGGCCGGGUUCCGUACGCGAGUUCUAUGAAGCCAUUCCAUUGUUGACAAAGAAAACUGAAGGUUACGACUUUGUUUUCGAAGUUAUUAUUCCAAGCUUGCCUGGAUAUGGAUUUUCUGACGCCGCAGUUCGUCCCGGUCUAGGAGCUCCCCAAAUGGGCGUGAUCUUCAAAAACCUGAUGAACAGGCUCGGCCACAAGAAGUAUUACAUCCAGGGCGGGGACUGGGGAGCCCUGAUCUGCAACUCCAUGGCCACCAUGUUUCAGAGCGAGGUGUUGGGAUACCAUUCCAACAUGCUGAUUGUUCAGAAUGGUUGGACAGCCAUCAAGACCGCGGUCGGAGCUGUCUUCCCUUCGCUGGUGGUGGAGCCGCACCUGGCCGAUAGAAUGUACCCGCUGUCCAAGUACUUCGCCUACCUCAUGGAGGAGUUCGCUUACCUUCACUUGCAAGCGACGAAGCCUGAUACUGUUGGAGUGGGUCUCUCAGACUCUCCAGGCGGUCUCCUGGCCUACAUACUGGAGAAGUUCUCGACCUGGACGCGGCUGGAGCACCGGUACCAGGUAGACGGCGGUCUGGGGUACCGCUUCUCCAAGGACCAGCUGAUCGACAACCUCAUGGUCUACUGGAGCACCAACUCCAUCACCACCUCCAUGAGACUGUAUGCCGAGAAUAUGAGCAACAAGACUCGAGCGUUAGGAAUAGAUUCGUACACCACUGUAGUGCCGACCUGGGCCCUGCAAGCCAAGAACGAACUGUUCUACCAACCGCCCAGCAUGCUGAGCUCCAAGUUCACCAACCUGCUCGGAGUCUCAGUGCUGGAUGACGGGGGACACUUCGUGGCCUUCGAGCUACCUCAAGUAUUCGCCAAAGACGUCUUCAAGGCUGUGAAAGCUUUCAAAGAGUUCCAUAAGACUAAAACUGAGUUGUGAUUUUAGUGUAAGACAUAAAUGAUUGUUUUUAUAUGUUUA